AUGGAAUUUGGUAGUGAUAUAUUUGUGUGGUUCUCAGGUCUAAGCGAUAUGGUGUACUUGGAUGGAUGUCUAAAAAAUCUAGUCUUUACCACUUUCAUGGUGGCCUUGGUUGUUGUUGUUCAACAUGUGAAGUGCAUGGAGGGUGAUUAUAUGAAUAACUCAGCACGCAGAAUAUCACGUCAACAUGAUGGCUUCGUUCAACGAAGUGGCACGAAUUUCAUUCUGAAUGGGAAGCGUUUCUAUUUCAAUGGAUUCAACGCCUACUGGUUAAUGUAUACGGCAUCUGACCCAUCCACAAGGUCCAAGGUCACUACCACUUUACAACAAGCUUCCCAACAUGGUUUAAGUGUUGCAAGAACUUGGGCUUUCAGUGAUGGAGGUUAUAGAGCCCUUCAGGUUUCUCCCGGUAUCUAUGAUGAGAAAGUCUUCAGGGGGUUGGAUUUUGUGAUAUCCGAAGCUGGAAAAUAUGGUGUGCGGCUGAUACUGAGCUUAGUGAACAACUGGAAAGAUUUUGGUGGUAAAAAUCAGUAUGUGGAAUGGGCAAAGGAAGAUGGCCAGUAUGUUAGCGACGAAGACGACUUCUUUACAAUCCCUUUGGUCAAGCAGUACUAUAAAAACCAUAUUAAGGCUGUGCUGACCAGAAAAAAUACAAUAACUGGGGUGGCAUAUAAGGACGAUCCAGCCAUUUUUGCAUGGGAACUUAUUAAUGAACCACGUUCCCUAAACGACAACUCCGGAAAAGUUAUUCAGGAAUGGGUGAUUGAGAUGGCUUCUUACGUCAAAUCCAUUGAUAACAUUCAUUUGCUAGAGGUAGGACUCGAAGGGUUCUAUGGUGAAACAAUGCCAGAAAAGAAAAAAUUCAAUCCUGGAUUCCAAGUUGGUACUGAUUUCAUUUCUAACAACCAAGUUCCCGAAAUUGAUUUUGCCACCAUUCAUCUCUACCCUGAUCAAUGGUUGUCAGGCUCAAACGAAGUUGCUCAGGCUGCAUUUGUUGACAAAUGGGUACAAGCACACAUUCAAGACUCCAAAAAUGUUCUGGGAAAGCCUAUUAUUCUUGGGGAGUUUGGCAAGUCUUCAAAGUCAUUAGGAUAUAGCGUAGAAGAAAGGGACGAUUACAUUAGAAAAUUGUAUAAUGCCAUAUACAGUAGCGCUAGUAGUGGGGGACCAUGUGCGGGUGGGCUUUUUUGGCACCUCAUGGCUCAAGGAUUGGAUAGCUUCCAUGAUGGCUAUGAAAUUAUCUUCGUGGAAAGCCCUUCAACUACCAGAGUUAUAGAUCACCAAUCUCGCAAGAUGUUAAGUCUUGCUUAGCAGUGAAGCAUUUCGACUCAAAUAUGUAAUAAAAUUUGUUUCCUAU